AGCAGAUAUUACAGUGAUCUGACUCUGUAAAUCAAUGCUGCCGACGUAAGAAAGAAAACACUCUACAGACCGUUUGCUACACUUACGACCCACAAAAGGGGUGCGAAUAACUGACUAAAAACAAGCUGCCCUCCGGGACUCUGAAACACAUCACACAGACUCACAACCUGGUCUACGCCCAACACCCACAACACAAUCUCAUUUCUGUCACGUCGACAUGGUGGCUGUGACGUCUUGAAGGUAUCUCACUCCUUCCUGAUGUCACGUUAAACAAUAACACCGGCCAGGUAAUAAAAUGCGACGGGGAAUGGAGCAAACAGCACGGGUGUGGCUCCAACAAUGUGUCUAGUCACGCGUUGCUCAAGUCACCUGUGCGUGGGAGGGUGAGACGGGCAGGUAAAGCAUUUGGAAGCUUCUCUAUUGUGGAGCAGCUGUGAAGCUUCAGCGUCUGGACCAUGUUCUCCUCCGCCGUCCCCUACAAGAACCAGCACUACUCUGAACUGAAGAAAGAUUGUAUCAAUGACAAGACGCUGUUCAAGGAUCCAGAGUUCCCAGCCACCAAUGCAUCGCUGUUCUUCAGGAAACCCCCUCCAGGGGUUGUGGAGUGGAGACGACCUGGGGAGAUAAGCAACGAGCCCCAUCUGUUUGUGAAGGGCAUCAGCUCCCAUGACCUGAACCAGGGGUCCGUGGGGAACUGUUGGUUUGUUGCGGCGUGCUCCUGUCUGGCUUUGAAGCCAAACCUCUGGAAAAAGGUAAUUCCUGACCACACAACGCAGGAGUGGGACCACAAGCAGCCGGGGAACUAUGCGGGAAUCUUCCACUUUCAGUUCUGGGUGUUUGGCGAGUGGGUGGAUGUGGUGGUGGAUGACCGGCUGCCGACAAUCAACGGUGAACUCAUCUACUGUCACUCAAAAGACACCAACGAAUUCUGGAGCGCUCUGCUGGAGAAGGCCUACGCCAAGCUUACCGGCUGCUAUGAGUCCUUGGAGGGGGGAAACACCGGAGACGCUGUGGUGGAUUUCACUGGAGCUGUGGCUGAAGCCAUCAACCUGGAGGCCGAGGCUUACUAUAAGGACGCGAAAAAACAGGACCAGCUGUUUGAGGACCUGCUGAAGGUCUACGAGCGAGAAGGGAUCAUCAGCUGCUCAAUUAAGGCGCAGCCUCAUGAGCUGGAACUCAGGAUGUCUAACGGGCUGGUGAAAGGCCACGCGUACUCGGUGACCGCAGUGAAGAAAGUGCGCAUAGGUCACGGACUGAUGGCCUACUUCAAGAACGAAACCAUUCCUCUGAUCCGCAUGAGAAACCCCUGGGGCAAGACUGAGUGGAAAGGAGCCUGGAGUGACAGCUCUGAGGAAUGGUCAAAGGUUGGUGAUAUGGAGAGGGGCAAACUUGGCAUCACUGUAGAGGAUGAUGGCGAGUUCUGGAUGGAGUUCACAGACUGGUGCAAGUUCUUUACAGAUGCGGAUAUCUGUCGUCUCAUCAACACCUCUCUGAUCAGUGUCUAUAAGACAUGGAACGAGGUUGUGCACUUUGGGAGCUGGACCAAAAACGCAGAGCCGCUGUUAAACCGCUGUGGCGGCUGCGGCAACCACAAGCAGACCUUCCUGCAGAACCCACAGUACCUGUUCGAUGUUACGAAGGAGGCCGACGAGGUUCUAAUUUCUUUGCAACAGAAAGACAUGAAAAGCCAAAGAAAAUUUGGUCAAGGAGAAAAUCUCAGCAUUGGCUUUGGUAUCUUCAAGGUGGAAGUGAACAGGAAGUAUCGGAUGCACGACAUCCUGACCCAGCAGUGUGUGAACACGUCCACCUACAUCAACGCUCGGACGGUCUUCAUGAGGUGCACGCUGCCACAGGGCCGCUACGUCAUCAUCCCCACCACCUUCAAGCCGCUCACGCUGGGGGACUACAUGAUCCGAGUUUUCACCGACGUGGACUCGGGCUGCAGGGAGCUGAUCGAGGACAAGCCAAAGGUAAAAUGCUGGAGUUCAUUCCUCGGAUAUCCGCAAGUAGUGACUCACGUCUACGUCCACGGAGCAGACGGGCUGCAGAACCAGGACAGCACAGGAGGUGCAGACCCCUACGUCAUCAUUUACUGUGAGGGCCGGUCAGUGCGAUCCCCCAUUCAGAAGGACACCCUGACACCGAUGUUUACAACCAGCGCCAUUUUCUACAGGAAGAAGCCCAGAACGCCCAUAACCGUGGAGGUGUGGAAUAGCAACGCAGUGAAGGACGAGUUCAUGGGCCAGGUGGUGUUGUCCGGGGCGGUGAAGGACAGCACCGACCCUCAGAGGCUGCAGCUGAGGCAGCGGGGACGGCAGAUGGCCGACGAGAUGCCGGGUAUCAUCGGCGUGAGGAUUAUCACUUCAACUCAGCUGACCGCCAUGUGAUCCCCUCGCUGACCCGAGCGAGGCCUUCGCCGUGCUCAGUGCUCAGCCUCGUGGUGAACCGCUCGUGCCAUGUGGCAUCGUCGAAGCACCAAAAACAGUUGUGGUUUAACUCCCUUCAAACUGUUUGUGUGCUCGUGGCUGAUUUUAGAGCAGCGGGGAAGUUUGGGACGGAUUGAAUGUGAAUUCCUGUCUUUUUUUUUAAUCCAAAUUCUUUUUACUAAUCAUUGUGUAACUUAUAAAGUAUUUUUAUGUUGAUGUUUGAGUUGCGUGUAAAGAUAUCAUUCCUUUUUUAUGUUAUAUUAUACUGUGACGGAAAUGGCAAUAAUUUGCCAUUAAAGUUGUAAUUGUUUAAACAAAAAUACAUAAAUGUAUCAUGUUUCCAUAAUGCAACUUAUUUCACCAGUUAUUUUAAUAUCAUGAUAAAAAAAAAACCAACUGGCAUAAUUAAUUGAAAGAACAAGAAUAAAAUAAAUAUAAAAAGCAUUAAAAAAA